CGGGUCUUCGAAAAAUCCGCGGUCACACUGAAUAGACGCUGCUUUUUUUUACGUGCGUGAAAAUAAUUUGGAAAAACUGGCGAAAACUAUACACAGGGGGGAGGAAACGAAUUAAAUAGGCUAGCGUCAAUCAACCAUUGCUCGAAUUGAAGCAAACCAGUUUUCCAGCAGCAUUUUCGUUUCAGCUCCACUGUAAUGGCGGAGUAUUUGGCAUCCAUUUUUGGCACGGAAAAGGACAAAGUAAAUUGCUCGUUCUACUUUAAAAUUGGCGCCUGCCGUCAUGGAGAUCGCUGCUCCCGCAUACACAACAAGCCGACAUUUUCGCAAACAGUUCUCCUGCAGAAUCUGUACGUCAAUCCGCAGAACUCGGCAAAGUCGGCGGACGGGUCACAUUUGGUGGCCAAUGUUUCAGACGAGGAAAUGCAAGAGCAUUAUGACAACUUCUUCGAAGACGUUUUCGUUGAAUGCGAGGACAAGUACGGGGAGAUCGAGGAGAUGAAUGUGUGCGACAAUCUGGGCGACCAUUUGGUCGGCAAUGUCUACAUCAAAUUCCGGAACGAGGCCGAUGCAGAAAAGGCGGCAAAUGAUUUAAACAAUCGCUGGUUCGGCGGCCGUCCUGUCUACUCGGAAUUGUCGCCGGUUACCGAUUUCCGCGAAGCCUGCUGCAGACAGUACGAAAUGGGAGAGUGCACACGUUCCGGAUUCUGCAAUUUCAUGCAUUUGAAGCCCAUCUCGAGGGAGCUGCGAAGAUAUUUAUAUUCUCGGCGUCGGCGUGCCCGCUCCCGUUCCCGCUCGCCACGUUCGCGUCGCUCCCGCAGCCGGGGGUCACGCUCACCCCGCCGACGUCGCGAUGGCAACGAUGGAGUCGGUGGAGGUCACUACGAGCAGCGCGACAGAGCUGCAAAUGAAGGACGAGGCAUGGACCGUGGUGGCAACGAUCGAGGAGGAGGCAACGACAGAGGUGGCGGCGGCGGCAAUGAUCGGGGAGGCAACGAUCGGGAUCGUCGCAAAGGAGGUGGCGGUGGUGGUGGCGGCGGCGGCGGCGGCGCAGGAGGUGGUGGUGGUGGUCGUUAUUAAUCUUCUGGACUUUCUUCAACAUCAUGUUGCAAACGGCAAUGUGGGAAAACGGACAAGAGUCGCCGAUUCGUGUAUUUUAUUUCGACGUUCAUUUUCCUUCUGAUUGUUUUUUAUUUAGAAGAAAGGGGUCUUCACCACCUAUGUACAAACCCCCUGCUAAAUACUUUACCGAGCGCCCAUUAGGAUUGUAAUUACUAUACACACAUUCGUAAUAAUAAAAAUUGAGUAAAUACUAUAUAAAAAA